AUGUCGGCUCGAUUUCUUUACCUGUUCAUCUUUCUGCUUCGUUUCGCCUCCGCUUCGUAUUCGUCGGAGUUCUCGAUCAUCGAUGAAGGAGAACUCACCGACUUGUUCCACCGGGAUUACUCGCCGCCUCCACCACCGCCUCCGUCGCUGCCACCUCAGCCUCCCCCGCUCUCCUGCGAGGAACUCAAAGGAAUUGGCUCCGUUAACACCACCUGCGAGCUCAAUCACAGCUUGAAUUUCACUGAAGAUAUAUUUGUUAAAGGAGAAGGUAAUUUCUUCAUCCUCCAAGGCGUAGUUCUGGCCUGCCCUUACUUAGGUUGCUCCAUUACCAUUAAUAUUAGCGGUGAAUUUAAGUUGAGUUCAAGUGCGGAAAUCAGAGCUGGCUCGGUCUAUGUUGUGGCCGGCAAUGCUACUUUAUCUAGUGAAUCGUUGAUUAAUUCGACGGCUUUAGGGGGUGAGCCUCCUGUAAGUUUUGGGACUCCGGAUGAUGGUCAGGGUGGCGGUGGGGGAUUUGGCGGUAGAGGAGCGAGUUGUAUGAUUGACAAUCAGAAGCUCCCUCAGGAUGUUUGGGGAGGAGAUUCAUAUGGAUGGGAGGAUUUGGCGACACCAUUUAUUUACGGGAGUAAAGGAGGAACUACCAGUAAGGUCGAUGAUUAUGGGGGGAAAGGUGGUGGGAGGAUUCGUUUCGAGGUGGCGGAUUCAGUGGAUGCUUCCGGGGUUUUACUGGCUGAUGGAGGGGAUGGUGGAAUCAAAGGAGGGGGAGGUUCAGGCGGCAGCAUUCACAUCAAGACUCUAAAAAUGACAGGAAAUGGAAAAUUUAGUGCUUCUGGAGGUAAUGGAUUUGCUGGAGGUGGUGGGGGAAGAGUGUCUGUUGAUGCUUUUAGCCGGCAUGAUGACCCUAUAUUUCUUGUUCAUGGUGGGAGAAGUUUCGGGUGUCCUACAAACGCUGGUGCUGCUGGGACAUUUUAUGAUGCUAUCCCAAGAAGACUGAUGAUAAACAAUCAAAAUAUGUCAACAGAUACUGAAACACUUCUAUUUGCGUUUCCUAAUCAGCCUCUUUGGACAAAUGUCUACAUUGUAAACCUUGCACGCGCUACUGUUCCUAUGCCAUGGAGUCGUGUACAGGUCCAAGGACAGCUAAGUUUAUCAUGUGGCGCAGUUUUAACCUUUGGGCUCAUUUUUCGUCCAUUAUCAGAGUUUGAGUUAAUGGCGGAAGAGCUCCUGAUGAGUGAUUCAACUAUCAAGAUUUACGGGGCUUUGAGAAUGUCUGUCAAAAUCCACUUGAUGCUUAAUUCCAAAAUGCUUAUAGACGGUGAUAGUGAUACAAGUCUCUCUACAUCUCUUCUUGAAGCCAGCAAUUUAGUGGUUCUUAAGGGAUCAUCUGAGAUACGUUCAAAUGCCAAUUUGGGAAUCCAUGGACAAGGCUCAUUGAACUUAACUGGACCUGGUGACCUUAUUGAAGCUCAACAUUUGGUCUUGUCACUCUUUUACAGCAUAAGUCUUGGGCCUGGAUCUACGGUACGGGGCCCAGUGCAAAAUGCAAGUAAGAGUUAUAUGGCUACUAGGCUCCCCUGUCAUCUCCAGAGUUGCCCUGUGGAACUGCUUCAUCCACCUGAGGAUUGCAAUGUAAAUGCGUCACUUUCUUUCACUCUUCAGAUAUGUCGUGUUGAAGAUGUAAUUGUUGAAGGCCUCGUGGAAGGAUCUGUUGUUCAUUUUCAUUGGGUCAGAACUGUGUUUGUGAAACAGUCUGGAGCAAUUAGCGCAUCUGGCCUGGGCUGCUAUGGUGGCUUGGGUAAAGGUGAAUACUUGCCCAGUGGCCUGAGUAGUGGAGCAGGACACGGUGGCAGAGGUGGAGAUACGUACUAUAAUGGAAGCUACAUCAGUGGUGGUGUUGCUUAUGGUAAUGCUGAGUUGCCUUGUGAACUUGGCAGUGGAAGUGGUAACAGCAGUUUACCUGAUGCAGUUGCUGGUGGUGGUAUUGUUGUGAUUGGUUCAUUGGAGCAUGCUGUCUCCUCUCUGUCCAUACUUGGGUCACUUCAAGCUAAUGGGGAAGACAAGGCAAAAUUUGUGUCAGAGCUGGAUGAUGGAGCUAUUUUGGGUGGUGGCUCUGGGGGUGGAUCUGGUGGGACAAUCCUUUUGUUCAUUCAUACUCUGUCCCUUGGUAAUUCUUCCAUCAUCUCUGCUUUUGGGGGAUAUGGUAGUACCAAUGGCGGCGGCGGCGGUGGAGGUGGGAGGGUUCACUUUCAUUGGUCAGAUAUUUCUACAGGAGAUGAGUACCUACCUAUAGCAAGCGUGAACGGAAUUAUCAGUGCUAGUGGAGGAAUUGGUCGAGGAUUUGGUCAUGAUGGAGAGAAUGGAACAAUCAGUGGAAGAGCAUGCCCAAAAGGGCUUUAUGGCAUUUUUUGUCAGGAAUGCCCCGUCGGAACAUAUAAGAAUGAAAGUGGAUCUGAUGGAGCCCUUUGUCAGAGUUGCCCAUCUCAUGAGCUUCCACGGCGAGCUAUAUACAUUGCUGUUCGAGGAGGUGUUACUGACGCUCCUUGCCCAUACAAGUGUGUCUCCGAUCUUUAUCACAUGCCACAUUGUUACACAGCACUUGAAGAAUUGAUCUAUACAUUUGGGGGACCAUGGAUAUUCGGAUUUCUCUUACUAUGUCUUCUUGUUCUGUUAGCUCUUGUUCUAAGUGUAGCAAGGAUGAAAUUUGUCACCCUGGAUGAAUCACCAGGCCAUGGGUCUACUCGUCGGAGUUCCCCAAUUGAUCGCUCAUUUCCUUUUCUGGAGUCACUGAAUGAGGUCUUGGAAACAAGUCGAAAUGAGGAGUCGCAGACUCAUGUCCAUAGAAUGUACUUCAUGGGCGCGAAUACCUUUUGGGAACCUUGGCAUCUUCAUCAUUCCCCACCCAAAGAAGUAAAGGAAAUUGUAUAUGAAGAUGCUUUUAACAGAUUUGUGGAUGAAAUAAACAAUUUGGCUUAUUACCAUUGGUGGGAAGGAUCAGUGUAUAGCAUUCUUUCUAUCCUGGUGUACCCACUUGCUUGGUCAUGGCUGCAGCACUGCCGGAAGAAAAAAAUACAACAGCUGCGUGAAUUUGUUCGGUCUGAAUAUGAUCAUGCUUGCUUGCGUUCUUGCCGUUCACGUGCUCUUUAUGAAGGGCUCAAGGUGGCGGCAUCUUCAGAUCUCAUGCUUGCGUAUGUCGAUUUUUUCCUUGGUGGUGAUGAAAAAAGAGAUGAUCUUCCUCCUCGCCUUCAUCAAAGAUUUCCCUUAUGUAUUGUUUUUGGUGGAGAUGGAUCUUAUAUGGCUCCUUUCUCUUUUCAGAGUGAUAAUAUACUAACUUGCCUCAUGAGCCAGUCAGUUCCGCCUACUAUCUGGUACCGCCUAGUUGCUGGUCUAAAUGCUCAGCUUCGUCUUGUCCGCCAAGGACAUUUAAGGGCUACUUUAGCUCCAGUUGUUUGUUGGCUUGAGACACAUGCAAAACCCACCUUAAGAUCUCAUGGUGUGAUUGUUGAUCUGGCUUGCUUCCAGCCUUCUGCUUCUGGCUAUCGUCAAUUUGGACUUGUAAUUUGUGCUGUUGGGGAUGAGAUAUCAAAAUCAGUGUUUGAGAGGCCAGAUCGACAACUCUCACUUGAGAAAGAGUCACGUUUGCCUGGGACACGUUGGAGAAAAGCACUUGAUCUUGUUAGAGUUAGCGAGCAUUCAAAUCCACAGAGGAAAAUUUCUGGAGAAAUUCUAAAUAAAAGCAACCUUCAGAUGCUCAAGGAGAAGAUGACUAUUGAUUUUCCUUUCUACUUCAUAAUUCGCAAUACAAAACCAAUUGGGCAUCAGGAUGUCGUUGGUAUGAUGAUGUCAGUUCUUCUUUUAGGAGAUGUUAGCUUAGUCUUGCUUACUUUGCUUCAGCUAUACUCAAGUUCGCUAUUGGACUUCUUUCUGGUCUUGUUUAUUCUUCCUUUGUGUAUUAUUCUUCCGUUCCCUGCCGGAAUCAACGCAUUGUUUAGUCAUGGACCUAGGCGUUCGGCUGGUUUUAUGCGUGGAUAUGCACUCUGGAAUAUUACCUCGGUCCUAAAUGUUGUGGUUGCCUUCAUAUGUGGCUUCAUCCAUUUUAAGACACAAUCUUCAUCAAAUAAAAAGCAUUCGAACUUUCAAUCCUGGAAUUUUAGCAUGGAUGAGAGUGGAUGGUGGAUGCUUCCUUCUGGACUGCUCCUGUGUAAAAUUUGCCAGGCACGGCUGAUUAAUUACCAUGUUGCUAACCUUGAGGUCCAAGAUCGUACAUUGUACAGUACUGACCCUGAAGCAUUUUGGCGGUCGUGA